AAGUUAAUCUAUACGAAGUAAAUCCAUCAUCCGUCAUCAAUAUGGAUAUAAAUCUAUCAAUGCUGAUAUUGUUAAGUUUUACAUUCUUUGUAAUCGGUGCCGUGUUUAUGCUGCUAUUUCAAUACUAUGUGUAUUUGAAAUUUUCCCUGUUGCCCGAGGAAACAGCCGAACAGAAGGAUAUAAAUGCCAAAUACACACUGCCGAAGGCCCUGCAUCAGACAGCACGUACCAUCAAUCAAACACCAUCUGCUGCAGCAACGGCAAAUUCCUCUUCGGCCAGUGGUGGUAGUGGCAGUGCAAAGGAUGCCGAUGCAUCGUCGUUGAUGUCAUUGAAUUUUGUUAUGCAGUUCCUAUUUCAUGAAUUGAAAAAUUCAAAUCGCGUGCGAAAGUGGUUUUAUCGUAAACUUUCACUAGAGCUGGAUGAGCUGAUAGCAAAAACAACAACAGGCAAAUUAUUCGACAAAUUAACGAUUAAACAACUUGAACUGGGUGAUCAAUUUCCGGAGAUAAAAACCCUAAGAGUCCACAAUAUUGAGCUGGAUGAGAGCGGCGAACGUAUUGAGAAUUUAGAUUUAUUAAUGGAAAUUCAUUAUAUGGGCAAUUUCCGGACAUCCAUUGAUGCUGAUAUGGUGCUGGGCAAAAAGGGGUCAUUGACACUGAAGGUGAAACAACUAUCCGGCCUGGCUCGAUUGCAAUUCACACGAAAUCCCUAUACCCAUUGGUCAUUGAGUUUCCUCGGUGAUCCAGAAUUGGAUUUGGCCAUUGAAUCCCGCUACCAGGGCAGACAAAUGCAAUCAAAUAUAACCAGUCUGAUAUCGAAUCAAAUCCGUAAAGCUGUACGCCGCAAACACACCCUACCCAACUAUAAGCUACGCUAUAAACCCUUCUUCCACAAGACACCCGAAGAAGAUGUGGGCGAAGGCGACAUUCAACCAAAUGGCAUGCUAGAGGUUAAAAUUUCCGAAAUAUCACGUCUCAUGUGUCCUACACACCUGACCGACAUCUAUUGUACGAUUACUAUGGCUUCGUUGGCCUUUGUUGAGGCCUGGCAACAGGAUGAUCGACAUGUGAAGGUCUCAUUAGACGUGGAAAUUCAUAAGGCCAAGAAUCAACAGAUUGGCAUUAUCUUUAAGCAAUCAGCUGUCGAUUGUGUGGAAAUUGAGGCUGUAUUACCGAAUACUCCGGCAUGUAAAUCAAAUCUCAAGGUGGGGGAUAUUCUGUUGGCCAUUGAGGGGAAGCGAGUCUCCUCAAUACAACAGGUGGCGAAGAUAAUAAAAAGUCUGCAGGCAAAUGUUUUUUGUUUGCGCAUCGAUCGGGUCAUACCGGGUAUUAUACGCAACGAUGCGAUUUUAGAAGAUCUGGAUAUUUAUGAAGAUUUGGGAGAUGCACGUUCGGGUUAUGGAUCGAUGGCGCAAAAGACCCCUGAACCCCAAGUUGCAUCAGUAGCGGCGACACCAAGUCCUGUAAUACGUCCUAGCGCAAUAGCGGCGGAAAAGAACACCAGCAGUGAAUCGAGUUUAAGUAAUACACCCACAAAUUCCCCCAAAAAGACAAAGCUGAUAGCGAAAGCCUUGAAGAAGACCAUAAGUCGUGAUCACGGCGAUGGUUCGUCCAAGGACGACGAUGGCAAAUUGAAACCCUCAAAAUUGGCUGCAAAGCAACAGCUGAAUUUACCCAAAGUUCCUUCUAGAACAAAUUGUGAAAGCCUGCUGGCCAACUUGUUACCCACCAGUCUCGCAGCAUCGGGAGUCCACGAUGUGGAACAUUAUUAUCAACAUUCGACGGUAGAUUGUAAGCUAUCGCGGCUGAUACACAUGGAGGAUGUGUGUAAUUUCAAAUUGGAUCCCCACUGUCGAUAUUUGAAUAUUUCCGUUUAUGGCAAAAGUUUGGGAGAAAACCAGUUGCUGGGUUUCACCAAUAUUCCGAUUUAUCAAAUACUGGCGGAAUGUUGUGAAACAAGUUUGAGUCAAAGUUUCAAGACAUACGAGCUGAAUCCUCCCAUACCAGAAGAUUUAAAAAAUCAUUAUCUGUCCUCUCAAUCGGGAUUUAAUCCCAAUCUAUGUUUUGGUGAUAUUUUGCUGGCAUUCACCUGGGAUGGUAAUCCAAAUUUGUCUGCUACCGAAACGCCAUCUAAACAGCCGCAGACAAAAACCAAAUCAAAAUCCAUUAGCUCUGUAGAUAAGACCGAUGACAGCGGUUACUCUGACAAUAUUUCCAUAAAAUCUACAGACACCAUACCCUCACAGCCUCGGGCGCACAAUUUCGUGCGUACCCAUUUCCAACGAGCCACCCAAUGUGAUUUUUGCGGCAAGAAAAUCUGGCUCAAGGAUGCCAUGCAGUGUCGUGAAUGUUUCAUGUGUUGCCACAAGAAAUGCAUAAACAAAUGUCAAAAUGCCACAGUCUGUGGUCCAGUGGAUUGCUCCACCGCCCUAACACAGACACAAAUACAAACGCCAUUGGUACAAACUCCAGAAUUUAUGGUCACCGAUGCUGAUAUUGAUGUUGCGGUUGAACCUGACUGCGAUACCUCAUCGAAUGCUGGCGGAGAUACCACAACAAAAUCCCCACAACCAUCCAAUAGUGGCAGUAAUACUGCCACAACUCCUAGUAAUCUGGAGGUACAUCGUUCAAGUUUGACUGGAUUAUUGGCACAGGGUAUUAAACGGGUUAAUUCGGCCAAUAAUCUUGCCAUACCUGGCAUCGUAUCGACAAUAGCUGGAGUAUCAAAUAAUUCACCAUCGGCAUCCACGGGCUCGGGAUCGACAGCUGGCAGCAGCACUGUGACACCAAGUUCUCUGGCAAAAAGUUUACCACCAAGUCCACAGCAUACACCAAGUCGGAAAGCAUCCUUAGCCCCAUCAGCCCCAAAUACCUUUGAUUUAGUAACCCAACGUUUGGAAGCAUUGCCCAUCGAUGUUCCAAGUUUUACACCAGAACAAGUGGUUUCCAUUACUGAACACAUUAUCCAGUUAUCCAUAGAUGAGGAUGUUAUGAACCUGGCCAAAAAUGCCAGUAAACAAUUGUACUGUAAUUUGAGUGGAAAUGAGCGGGUGGAGAAAAUUAAUUUAUUGCUAACCAAACUCCGUAUGGCCUUGGACAGUGAAACAGCGAUACAUUCAACUUUGGCAGCCACCAUUAAAAAUACCAACAACGAUGCCACAAAUACAACAACGGCAGAAAGUUCAAUACAAAACAACAAAUCAAAUAUUUUAGGGAAAUCAGAGGAACGCAUUCAGGCUCUGAGUGUCAUAAUGUUGUAUCUCUGUACGGGUCUGCAGCAUGCUCAAGGUGUGGCAAUGCAAUAA